AAAUGAAAACUUCUUUAUAUACCACCACUUUUCUCCUUCGCUCUCAUUAAACUAAUUCUCAAAAGUUUAAGCUCUGCGAAAUUUCUCUCAAAUUCGUCAACUUUUCAAGCUUUGUCCUACCGUUAUCGUUGUUUUGUUUUGAGUUGCUAUGGCUGGCAAAGGCGAAGGUCCGGCGAUUGGGAUCGAUCUCGGCACGACUUACUCCUGCGUUGGUGUUUGGCAACAUGAUCGAGUGGAGAUCAUAGCUAAUGAUCAGGGGAACCGAACAACCCCGUCUUACGUGGCUUUUACCGAUACUGAGCGUUUGAUCGGCGAUGCGGCUAAGAAUCAGGUCGCCAUGAAUCCUACUAACACUGUUUUCGAUGCUAAGCGUUUGAUCGGCAGAAGAUUCAGCGACGCUUCGGUCCAAAGCGACAUGAAAUUGUGGCCAUUCAAGGUCAUUGCUGGGCCUGGAGACAAGCCCAUGAUCGUCGUCACCUACAAAGGUGAAGAGAAGCAAUUCGCCGCUGAAGAAAUCUCCUCCAUGGUUCUCACGAAGAUGAAGGAGAUUGCCGAGGCCUAUCUCGGGUCCACCAUCAAAAACGCCGUGGUCACCGUCCCGGCUUACUUCAACGACUCCCAGCGUCAAGCCACGAAAGACGCCGGUGUCAUUUCUGGUCUCAACGUUAUGCGUAUAAUCAAUGAGCCAACGGCUGCAGCUAUUGCCUACGGGCUUGAUAAAAAGGCGGGAAGUGCUGGGGAGAAGAAUGUGCUUAUUUUUGACCUUGGUGGGGGUACUUUCGAUGUCUCACUUUUGACAAUCGAAGAAGGGAUUUUCGAAGUGAAGGCUACAGCUGGAGAUACCCAUUUGGGAGGUGAAGAUUUUGAUAAUAGAAUGGUGAAUCAUUUUGUGCAGGAAUUUAAGAGGAAGCACAAGAAGGAUAUUAGUGGGAACCCAAGAUCUUUGAGGAGGCUGAGAACAGCUUGUGAGAGAGCGAAGAGGACAUUGUCUUCAACGGCUCAAACUACAAUUGAGAUUGAUUCUUUGUACGAGGGGAUUGAUUUUUACACAACAAUUACCCGAGCUCGAUUUGAGGAGUUGAAUAUGGAUUUGUUUAGGAAAUGUAUGGAGCCAGUGGAGAAAUGCUUGAGGGAUGCUAAGAUGGAUAAAAGCAGUGUUCAUGAUGUGGUUCUUGUUGGUGGGUCUACUCGGAUUCCAAAAGUUCAGCAAUUGUUGCAAGACUUUUUCAAUGGGAAAGAGCUUUGCAAGAGCAUUAACCCUGAUGAAGCUGUUGCUUAUGGUGCUGCUGUUCAAGCUGCUAUUUUGAGUGGUGAGGGUAAUGAGAAGGUUCAAGAUUUGCUGCUUUUGGAUGUCACCCCACUUUCCCUCGGGUUGGAAACUGCUGGUGGAGUCAUGACCGUGUUGAUUCCAAGGAACACCACUAUCCCAACCAAAAAGGAACAAGUUUUCUCUACUUACUCGGAUAACCAACCUGGAGUUUUGAUUCAGGUUUUCGAGGGUGAGAGAACAAGAACCAGGGAUAAUAAUUUGCUUGGGAAAUUUGAGCUUUCUGGUAUUCCUCCGGCUCCUCGUGGUGUUCCUCAAAUCAAUGUCUGCUUUGACAUUGAUGCCAAUGGUAUUUUGAAUGUCUCCGCUGAGGAUAAGACCACUGGACAGAAGAACAAGAUCACCAUUACUAAUGACAAGGGCAGGCUGUCCAAGGAAGAGAUUGAGAAGAUGGUGCAAGAAGCAGAGAAAUACAAGUCAGAGGAUGAGGAGCAUAAGAAGAAAGUUGAGGCCAAGAAUGCUCUCGAAAAUUAUGCUUAUAACAUGAGGAACACGAUCAAGGAUGACAAGAUCAGUUCCAAGCUUCUAGCAGCUGAUAAGAAGAAGAUUGAAGAUGCGAUUGAGCAAGCUAUUCAAUGGCUUGAUGGAAACCAGCUGGCUGAGGCGGAUGAGUUUGAGGACAAGAUGAAGGAGCUGGAAAGCAUUUGCAACCCGAUUAUUGCCAAGAUGUACCAGGGAGCUGGUGGUGAUAUGGGUGGCGGAGAUAUGGAUGAGGACGGUCCUUCUGUUGGCGGUGGAAGCGGUGCUGGUCCCAAGAUCGAGGAAGUGGAUUAAGCUGGAUAUAGGUGAAGGGGUCUCUUGUUAUGAGUGGUGGACUUAGUUGUUUUAUCUUUCGCCUUGUUUUUAAAUUGUUUUUGUAAUGGAAAAGUAAUCUUCCCCGGUGCACUAGCCACCGGUGUUUAAAAUCUAUAAUAUAAAACGCGACUGCUUGAGUGGUUCAUUCG